GGAGGCGGAGGAGCGCGCGGCAGCGGGGGCGGGGUGGGGGUGGGGAAAUGGAGCCCAUGAGCGUGGACGGAGGCGGGGGAUGCGGGGGCCUGGACACGCAGAUCGAGCAGCUGAUGCAGUGCCGCCCGCUCGCCGAGCAGGAGGUUAAAGCACUGUGCGAGAAGGCCAAGGAGAUAUUGAUGGAGGAAAGCAAUGUUCAGCCUGUCAAAAGCCCAGUAACAAUUUGCGGUGAUAUUCACGGACAAUUCCAUGAUCUUGUAGAACUUUUUCGGAUUGGUGGGAAGUGCCCAGAUACUAAUUAUUUAUUUAUGGGGGAUUAUGUGGAUCGUGGCUAUUACUCUGUUGAGACUGUUACUCUUUUGGUAGCACUGAAGGUGCGUCAUCCACAUCGGAUUACAAUCCUUCGCGGAAACCACGAGAGCCGGCAGAUCACGCAGGUUUAUGGAUUCUACGACGAAUGUUUACGAAAGUAUGGCAAUGCAAAUGUAUGGAAGAUAUUCACAGAUCUUUUUGAUUAUUUUCCAUUGACGGCACUGGUGGAAUCUGAAAUUUUCUGCCUGCAUGGUGGUUUAUCUCCGUCAAUUGAGAACCUUGAUGGUGUGCGUAGCUUAGAUCGUGUCCAAGAGGUUCCACAUGAGGGACCUAUGUGUGAUCUUCUAUGGUCUGAUCCAGAUGAUCGCUGUGGUUGGGGCAUCUCUCCUCGUGGUGCUGGCUACACUUUUGGCCAGGAUAUAUCUGAGCAAUUCAAUCAUACCAACAAUCUCAAACUUGUAGCUCGGGCUCAUCAACUAGUUAUGGAAGGAUAUAAUUGGGCUCAUGAACAAAAAGUUGUGACUAUAUUUAGUGCUCCAAAUUAUUGUUACCGAUGUGGGAAUAUGGCAUCCAUUUUGGAAGUUGAUGACUGCAACAGCCAUACAUUUAUUCAGUUUGAGCCCGCUCCUAGGAGAGGUGAGCCUGAUGUGACACGGAGGACGCCUGAUUAUUUCCUUUGAGUUAAUGGUACUACCAUGUGUGAGCUUGUGUUGCGAUAGUCGAUGCCGGUCGGUGAUACUUUACUGGACUGUGAGAACUGCGCAUGGGCCAACCAACAAUAAUAAGGGAGCACCACUCUCCCCUCUGUAGAACUUGACCCUCCAUUGGUCAAAGCAAGAGAUGCUGCUAUCCUGAAACAAACCUGAAACAAAACAAGUGCCAUGCUCAUGCAGCCAUGCCUGAGUUUUUUUAGGUGAUAAAAAGGCCCACACAUCCUCACCCUUCCCUUUUAGGCAUUUUACAGAUGAAAUCUACUGGCAAAGGACUGAAACUCUUAUUUGUAUUUUGUAGCGUAAGCAUGUAUUGAUAGUCUUGUAAUUUGUAUCAUCGAUGUCAAAGACACCUAAUCUUCCUUUAGUGGAGUAGUAUUCCGAAUUUUGGGGAUU